AUGUCUUCCCACCAUGGUUUGCCUCCUCUCCUCUUUCCAUUGCACGAGUGGAUUGCAGAUAUCCAUUCACUGGAUAGUGGUUAUUCACCAAACACAAGCCUAAGCUUACAACAAAGCCAAAGUGUAGUUAAACUUGCAUUGAAAAUGGAGGAGGGAGAUGAGGAUGUGAGAGUAGGAGCAGACAGGUAUGCAGAGAGGCAACCAAUAGGAACAGGUGCACAGACACAAGAUGGGAAAGACUACAUAGAGGCACCCCCAGCUCCAUUGUUAGAGCAUAGAGAGUUAACAUCAUGGUCUUUCUACAGAGCAGGGAUAGCAGAAUUUGUGGCCACAUUCUUGUUUCUUUAUGUCACUGUUUUGACUGUGAUGGGUGUGGCAAAAUCUCCCAACAAGUGCUCCACAGUUGGCGUCCAGGGCAUUGCUUGGUCAUUUGGGGGAAUGAUCUUUGCCCUUGUCUAUUGCACUGCUGGUAUCUCAGGGGGUCACAUUAACCCAGCUGUGACAUUUGGGUUGUUCUUGGCACGCAAGUUAUCUCUCACUAGGACAGUGUUCUACAUGAUCAUGCAGUGCUUGGGAGCUAUAUGUGGUGCUGCUGUGGUCAAGGGAUUCCAAUCAAACCAAUAUGAGAGGCUUGGUGGUGGUGCCAACAUUCUCAGUAAAGGAUACUCCAAAGGGGAUGGCCUUGGAGCAGAAAUUGUUGGCACAUUCAUUCUAGUUUACACUGUUUUCUCUGCCACAGAUGCCAAGCGAAAUGCUAGAGACUCGCAUGUUCCUAUUUUGGCACCUUUGCCGAUCGGUUGUGCUGUGUUUCUGGUGCACAUGGCUACCAUUCCUAUCACAGGAACUGGGAUCAACCCUGCUAGAAGUUUAGGUACAGCACUUGUAUACAACGAGGACCAAGCUUGGGAUAACCACUGGAUCUUCUGGGUUGGUCCUUUUAUUGGGGCAGCACUUGCAGCUUUAUACCAUCAGAUAGUGCUCAGGGCCAUUCCUUUUACAUCAAAGUGA